AUGCCCAAUACAACUACCACCACCGCCACCACCAGCACUCCUGCCACUUUCUGGCCAAAGUCAAACAAUCAUCAGCGUCACUACAUCAGUUUUUCACAGAGUCUGGACAACACCUUUUCCCCUGUCUGGUGGCGGUGGUGGUGGCUGUUAGGUGAGAUCGGACCAGGGCGCAUACCGGCACCUCCUUUGAUGCUGCAGCGCACGGGUGCACACAAGCGCAGACACGUGAAUAAGUGGGUUAGCGAGUGUGCGCUCACUCAUAAACACCACACCCUUCCCCCUUUCUCUUCUCACCCUUUCGUCUCCCUACCCCCACACCGGCUCACCUACUCCAGGCCUUCCUUCUCCGCCAUCCCCUCACCUUGCCCCACCGCCACGAAGCAUUCCUUCUGGCAAGCUGUGAACACUAACAACGAAAAAAUAUCCCUUUAA